AUGAACCGGGCAUUACCCCUGCCCGGUCAUACCAGGUCUGUCCCUGCACCUGACCAUCCGGCCCAAGGUCUCUGCCUCUCGGACCUCCCCAAUUGCCUCUUUCUCUCCCGGCCUGGCUUCCCGCCGGCUUGCUCAGAGGCUGUAGACUCCUUCUGGCGAAAGUCUGAGAGUCGCCUCGAUCGAUGCCUCAUCUUGUACCUCUCUCCCGUCCCUCUGUACCCGUUUUGGCCGGCCUACAGUCCAAUCGGCCACGUGGCCGAGCAACCAACUCACCAGCCGACAACUAAGUCCGGUAGCUGGGGCCAGAAGCGAGACGACGCAUCCCUGCGAGCAUGCAGACAGACGACCAAACAACAGACAUGGCAACCGAGAAUAUGA